AUGGCGUUUACAAAUACAGGAGAUUUUGACACAAUAUCCACCAACACGUGUCCUUCCAUACAUAAUGAUAUAACCGAUGACACGAGCAUAAUCACAAACUAUACAUACGACAUCAAAGGUACAGGGUCAUAUUCACCACCCUGUAAAAGGAAACCAAAGCUAGUGACAACCUAUCCCGUAUUGGCGCCACUGAAAGGUAAAGGAUACUUCAAACCAAGGGAAAGACAAGCCAAAACUGUUGUAGGUGUGUUGAUACCGUUCUACAAUGAAGGUAGGCAGGAAUUGAAACGUACUCUAGAGUCACUACAUGGUCAGGAAAUAGAAUGUAGAGACUUAGGUGUUGAGUUCGUGUAUUUAGCGAUACUGGACGGAAUAUCAGAGGCUGAUGAAUCCACAAUACAGUACAUAAAUGAAAUAUAUAACGAUUCGCACUGGGCCGAUGCAAUGUUGAGGAGUGAAGAUCGUUCGUACGUAUCUGUACUCCAAGCCGCGCCGACAGAUGAAUUGGGAGAUCACGGUCUGGUUGAAAUAGCUCCCGGAAAGCAUAUGCGACUGACAACUUUAGUGAAAGGAAUUAAUAUGCGGAAAACGAACUCACAUGAAUGGUUUUUUGUGGCAUUCUGUUCGGAAUACGAGAUCGACUAUGCGUUCGGGACUGACUGCGGGACGCUCUACGCACAGGGAUGUUUAUAUUACCUCAUCGACUAUUUAAACACGCAUCCUGACGUUAGCGCUGUUACUGGGCGUCAGCGUGUCAUGUCUUCAUCAAUGCAGUCUCUAAGGACGGAGGGGUUAAUGCAGAUGUGGUACAGGGCUGUGCAAGCAUACGAUUAUGAAGCCUCCAUUUCCAGUUUCUUAGGAGCAUUUUCGCUGAUUGGUAUGCUUCCUGUGAUACCUGGACCAGCCGGUUUGUGGCGAAUGAGUGUUGUGGGGGGUAAGCCGAUGGAUUACUACAUCGACUACGUCAACAGCAUCAAACCAGAAGAUGGCUUAAUUAUGGGCAAUCUACUACUCGCUGAGGAUCGUAUCCUUAGUUACGCUGCUUGUCUUAUGACUGGGAAAUAUACAAGAUGGGUACCCAAAGCAGUUUUCUACACCGAAGCAGAGACUGACAGCAAAAGCUUUCUCACACAACGUCGACGGUGGAUCAAUGGAACGUCUGCAUCGUACCUGUAUCUGUUGUUCUUCUCGCCCGGAGUUAUUUUCCGAGGCUCACACUCUUGGUGGUUCAAAAUCGUCAUCUAUAGUCAGCUUCUGUUACAAACUAUUUUGUACGCUGUCAGAACUGUCUCACCUGGUGUCUUCGCGGCUCUAAUAUACUUUGCCGUCAAGUCCUUGAAUAUUGGCGGUGACGGGUACAAUCAACUCGUCGCCUGGGGAAUUACCAGCUGUGGGGCGCUCCUGUAUAUAGUAUUCUGUCUCACGCAUUUUUUCUCGAAAUUCUCGAGAAGCUUGUAUAAUGCGGUGGUGGUUUGGAAUAGCAUAUCGUAUAUGCUGGUGGUUGCCGGUUUGACCGCAGCAUUUGCCAACGCCGAUCCCAUAGCCAUUCUGGUUCUACUUCUAGCCGUAUUCAUGCCCUUCUUCUUGGCUCUGCUCCAUAGCCUGGACGUGUUUAUUAUGAUGGUGUUCUCAUUCUUUCAAUUCUGUGCCUUCUGGCCGAUAUUCAUACCGUGGUUUUCUGCGUAUGCCUAUUGCCGUGUGUGGGAUUUGUCAUGGGGAAAUCGACCAUCAAGCGGAUCAGCGAAGGGCAAGAAAUCGGUUAAGACAGGGAUACUGCACAGAAGGAUAGGGUUGGUAGUGCUACUCCUAGUCAUGUGCCUGAACUUUACAGUGUGCGGACUCUUUGUGCGCUACAACAGCUUGCAGGGUCUAAUGGUGAUGUCCAUGGUUUUUGUGGGCAUUGCUCUCUUCCAACAGAUCCUAUCCUUCGGCUUCUAUUUGUUCUACACCGAGCACAUAUUGUCGGCUGGUGUCAGGAAUCUUACUAGGCGAUCGAUGCAGAUUCUGAGUGCAACGCUCUUCGCCACCACAGUGGCCUGUGUUUUCACAGGCCUAUUCACAACGUCGUGGCUGACGAAUUCGUUUCCAGUGGAGCAGCGGUUCAACAUCACCGUUACUCUGAAUGAAACCUUCAUGAAGUGGGAAGACAUCUUCAGGUCAGACUAUAACGAAACCUUCUAUACAUUACAAGACAGUGUUAUCAAGAGUAGCAGCGAGACAUUGGAAGAUGCGAACGCGACGGAUAUACACAGUUUCGUUCUGAAGAGCAGCAACGAGACGAUUGAAGAUGCCAACGUAAUGGAUAUAUACAACUAUGUUCGAACCGAGGUCGUAACAGUGACAACACUAUACCGAUUGGAUGCUUUACGCGAGCUCGAGGGCAAGAUCUUCUUGCCAAACCAUCGUAUCAAUGCCUACUAUGUCAACAACAGUGUUGUCACUACUAUUACGACUAACUACACGGUCAAUGAGGAUGGGUCGAUUGGAAAUAAGUUGACGAACGUCAUGCACGACUUCCUGUCGUACUUGAAUCUCACAUACACUGAUGAUUACGAUAGAGUGUAUGUAGGUAUAUCGACCCCACCGGACACCACAUACAAGGCUAGAUACCAGAAGAAAAGCUUCCUAAACCAGACCUUCGUACAAAUGAAAGCCGACAUCACCACCUCGGUGGAGGGUGGCUCCGUGGAUAUGUACUAUGGACUCCUGUUUUUCGAAUUUGACUUCCACACUGUUGUACCCUACAAAUCCGAAACGAUGUUGUGGGGGUCGGAUCUGAUGUGGCAUUUCCCGAACCAGCUUUGGGCCUACACCCUAUUACUGAUAUUCGGGUGUGUGAUCUUCCUGGGCUUGAUCAUGCUCGCAUGCCUCUAUGCACUGUGCACGAAGGACAGGUCGCGUGUGUACGGCGUCAGUGUGCUGUACGUGUGGCUCACAAUCUGCGCGCUGAUGGCGGCUAUCCUUCUAUUCCCUAUGAGUUUCUUCGACCUAAAAACAAACCGGGUGGGGUGGUGGGAUGUAGAGGUUAGCGCCAGCAGCGGUUAUCUCUGUGGUGAGUCGGCACAUUACUACAAUCCAGGUGACUGCUCGUUGGACUGGUCAUACUGGCUCAUCGUGGUUUCAUUCUUCACCGCCGUCCUCAGUUACAACUCGGCACAGAUUGGAUACGAGACAUACGCACGCACGCAAACACAAAUAUAG